CACAGCAAUCCAAUGAGAAGACGGACUUGCUAGAGAGCAGGAGCAUCUCUUAUUCCCUCCCUUCUUUCCCCACACUUCCUUCUUCUCUUCUGCACUUGCCAUCACACCGUUCCACAUCGCUACCCUUAAGGCUUAGCAGCGCUCUUCUAUUGUUGUCAGGGAUACAGAGAGAGAUUCAGCCUCCCCCUUCUGUAAUGUAGAGCAGCCGGGUGAGUCAAGAGAGAGAGAGAGCAACCGAAAGGGUCCAGCAGGGAUGCUGAUAGCUCCGUGUGGGUAACCCGUGUGCCCCCGAUGCCAUCUGGUCCAGCAGCAAAGCAGUGCGCAUCAGCCACUCGACCUCCAUUCCUCUGCUCUGACGGCAGCCGGAGCCCUCAGGACGAAAGACGUGGAGGAGCAGGAGGUGCAGGAGGGGGGAGGAGGAGGUGGGAGACGGAUAUCAUAUAGCAGAGGAUGGGAGCCGUAGAGUCGGCUGAGAAUGGACAGCCCCUCUGUCCCUCUCAUGAGCGUCCUGAAAGCAUGAGUUCAGACUCAGAUGGAGCAUUUGAAACCCCCGAAUCCACCACCCCUGUAAAGUCUGCUGCCUCACCAGUGCCCCCUUCAGAGCCCCCCAGCACCAGUUCAGAACCAUUGCCCUCACAGGAACACACAACUUCCACUGCUGACAUCACUGCCAGCGAAGUUCAAAAUACAGAGUCAUCACCUCCACCCCCGAGUCGAUCUCCUUCAACUGUUUUUGAUGAGGACAAGCCAAUAGCUGCAAGCGGUGCCUACAACCUUGAGUACUUAGUCACUAAUGACCCCUUCCAAGAAUCAAAUUCUGGGCAGUCAAGCCAACAGGGUCGUACGCCUCUAACACGCUCCUUAAGCCUUCAGUCUGGUGAAUUAGAAAGUCCUGGAGAUAAACCCUCAGUAGGUACCUCUGACCAACCCUCUCACCCACGAACACAGUCCUUUAGCAUAGAAACAGAGAGUGCUCCAGGAUCUCUCCGCAGAGUGAAGAAGCCCCGUCCAGGUUCUAUAAAGAAAAAGCCUCUUUCCAGACAGAACUCAAAUCCGGAAGGUUCCUCUCCCAAGCCUGCUUUUUCUAGCAGCACACCGGAGGAAAAGAAAAGGGGGAAACCUCGUGUUGAAAGCCCAUUGCAAACUCAAGAGAGACUCAGUGCCUCACCCAGUCCUAGUCCAAGUCCCGCUAGUACCUUGAAGAAGAACAGAAUAAAGUCUCGAGUGGAGACUCCUCCGCCAUUGGCUGAGGAGAUCACACCUGCUCCCACCUCAGUACACCUUCAAGCAGAGGCUGUUGAUCCAAUAUCUGAGACCCCAGCUGUCCCUGACGAGGACUCUCCUAUCCCUCCCAGUGCCUCCUACAAAUGGGAUCCGGAUAACUUUGAAAACAUUGACCCAUUCCGUACAGGAGGCAGUAAGAUUGCUAAUUCGCCGGAAUUAUCCAGGAAAGCUGAUUUUACAUCAGUUUCAGACUCCAAUACCAACACUUCUGUUGCUGUAGAAAAGCACCAUUCCCCAUCUCCUGCUAAAGAGGAAUCCCUCAACGCCGAGGAGCAGCCAGUCGUCAAACGUCAACCAGUCAGGCUGGAGUUUGACUAUUCUGAAGACAGUGGAGAGGCGCCACGCACCACUCCUCCUCCUAAAAAACUGGGCAAGAAGCCAGGGGCCAAGAUGCCCAUAAGAAAGCCAAAACCGGUGAUUCGAAAGCCCCCUCCACCUCAAAUGGAACAGUUAGACAAUGCAUCACCUGUCCCACCACUUUCAAAUGACAAUGAUGAUAUCGCCAUCCCCAAGGCAUCAUAUAACUUUGACCCUAGCAAGUGGGAUGACCCUAAUUUCAACCCAUUUUCUUCAAGCAGUGGUGUCCCCAACUCUCCUGGCUUGUCCAAAGGAGGCUAUAAUUUUGACCCAGACUCCUUUGAUGAGUCUGCAGAUCCCUUUCAACCAUCCAGUAAGAUGGGGAACUUACCUCCAAAAGCUGCCUCUUUUGACGUGUCAACCAAUGACAGUGAAAACGAUAACAUUGUUGAGUUGGAGGAUCACAACCAGAACAAACCUGCCAAAAAUAAGAAGAAGCCUCUGAAAUCUAACACUUUCAGAGUGAAGAAAUCUCCAAAGAGGUCUCCGAUUUCCGAGCAGAAUGCACAAUGUUGUCCUGUGUGUUCCCCACUCUCACCCUCCACCUCACACACACAUCAUCACCUGCAGGAGCACACACCCGACACAAACCCUGACUCUUCACAGGAUCUCGCUACUGAUGAGGAGAAACUGGCUUCCUCCACCAAUCAAAAAUGGGCAACUCGACAUGAUGUGGAGGUGGAGCUUACCAACAAUCAAGACUUCCCACAGCCAUCUGAUUUUACAACUUUUGUCAACGAGAACAGUUUAUCCACACAGAAUGAUGUUACAGACUAUGAGAUUGAGUACAUGGAGAAGAUUGGCUCUUCAGCUCCGUCUCUCUCAUCAAAGAAACCAUCACUUUACCUUAAGCUGGACUCAGUGACAGACAGUCCGAAGAAAAGUUCCAACAUGCAAGAUUCAGAGCCUAACUCGCCAUGCACUGGGAGCUUUGAGGAGAUGGAGGCUCAGAUCUCACAGGGGAAAUCACCAGUGCUGCCACCACGCAAUGCUCGCGAGCCCACGGCCCCCGAAAAAAGCAGAAAGAGAGAGAGUCAAUCUCAAAGUCAAACACAGAGCAUUGAGAGAGAUGGAGCGUCCCCGAUCCAUGGCCCUAUGGACCCCUCAGAUCUGCCCCUCUUAGACAGACUGUCUGAUUCAGCCACCCCUCUCAGCUACCUGGAGCCUGAUCUGGCAGAGACCAACCCCACUGCCUUCGCCCAAAAACUGCAGGAGGAGCUGGUGCUCGCAUCCCUGAGGAUAGAGGCUCUUCAGGUAGCCAAAAACAUCUCUCAGAGCCCCUCUUUGUCCACUGUGUCCCCUAAGUCUCGCCUCAGGAAGCCCAGUCAGCGCCGCUGGUAUCUCAACGGUUCCCACAUGGCUAAAAAGACUGCAGGAAAAUCCACACAAACAGAUAUCAAACUCUGUCUCAGGAUGUCCCGUAUACCAAAGCAGCAGAGGGAAAUGGCCUCACCGGGAGACAGCGGAGUUUCCAGGGGUUCCCUGUAUUCUCGAGCAGGAUACGGUGAAGGUGAAAGCCCUCAUCUGCCUCGUGACAUGGACCACUCACUGGGCAUUGCCCGAGAGGAGGUUGUUGUCAAAGAGAAAGAAGCGAUGGAGUGGAAGAGAAAGUAUGAGGAGAGCAGACGGGAGGUGGAGGAGAUGAGGAGAAUAGUUAUGGAGUAUGAGAAAACCAUUGCAGAAAUGAUCGAAAAAUCUUGUGUGCCUCUGGACCCAAAGACUGAGGGUGAGCAGAGAGAGAAGAAUCUGUCACAUCACACUAUCCAACAGCUGAUUCUUGAGAGGGACCAGGCUUUGGCUGACCUCAACUCUGUAGAGAAAUCUCUCGCUGACUUGUUCCGGCGCUACGAGAAAAUGAAAGACGUCUUGGAGGGCUUCCGCAAGAAUGAGGACGUCCUGAAGAAAUGUGCUCAGGAGUACCUGUCUCGUGUCCGUAAGGAGGAGCAGCGCUACCAGGCCCUGAAGUUCCAUGCUGAGGAAAAACUGGAUAAGGCGAAUUCUGAGAUCGCUCAGGUGAGAGUCAAAGCCAAGCAAGAGCAGGCAGCGUAUCAGGCCAGUCUGAGGAAAGAACAGAUGAAAGUGGAUUCACUGGAGCGCACGCUGGAACAAAAGAACAAAGAGAUUGAGGAACUGACCAAAAUAUGUGACGAAUUGAUUGCCAAGAUGGGGAAGAGUUAGCCCCCUAUCAGAAUCCUGUGUAAUACUACAACAGGACAAUGUUUGGACAAGAGUUGUAUAAAAAGAUGGAGGUUCAGUGUAAUUUUUCGCUUUUUGUGAUGGACAGAACUAAUGGAUCUCACACUACUGAUGUCUACACAAACACGGACGCUCUGGGAGGACGCACUAUGUUCUGACUGUAAUUAUUUCAUUUUGAUGUAUUAAUGUACACAAAUGUACCUAUAUCGAGGGUCUUGUGACAGUACUUUCCACCGGUAGAGACUUUUGUGAGAGUCUGUAUAGCUCACAGAGAGAGAGAGUAUGCGUGUUCAGUGAGUGUGAAGUUAUGAGUGCCGUUGCCAUGACAACCACUGAUGGAGCCGACUGUUAAACUGAUUCCUGUGGUUCUCGUCUUCUUAACCUAGAAACAGAAAUGACCGUAAGAAAGAGAAUAUAUGAAUAUAUAACAUAGAACAGUCUAAAUAAUCAUUCACAGUUGUCACAAAGUGAUAUUCAUGAUUAUGAAAAAAUGCAUGUUGUAUGCCUUGAUGGUUUUGUAAAUAUGAAAAUGACUUGAAUAUAUCGUAAAGGAACACAACUGCGGAUUUUGAUACUGUUAGUUUGUUUUGCUUCAUUGCUUAUCUUUGUAGAUACUUGUUGUUUCUUUUGUUGUCUCUUAGCAAACUGAUUUUAUUUUGAUAUAUAAAUGAACCCAGUUGUGACUCUCAAUUGCUCUGACUUGAACUAAUUUAACACGGAUUUGUCUCAGUCCAGCUAUGGUGAAUGUUUUACACAAGAGAAGUUCUGCCAGUUGUACAGGACAUGCUUACAAAGUGCAAUAAAAGAUGGCAAUACAGA